UAUGUAAACUGCAAAGAUGGCAGUAGCAGACAAGGCCAUUCAGGAAAUUUGUUGAGUGAGCGUUCCUCGACGGUGGAUGGAGCAAGUAGAGGCAGAAUCACAAGGUGGACGAAGCGAAGCAGCGACGUGCUCGGUGCAGAACGCAGAACAGGCCGUGGCAGGCGUUCCAGGACGCUGACCACUUGAUGGCAGACGCGUGAGCACCUGCUGACCGAAAUGCGGCCUCCGUGGUGGCUGGUGCGGCUGCUGGCUGGGCUCCUGGUGGUGCUUGGCCGAGGGGUCGCACCCCAGCUGCUAAUCAACGUGAAGAACCAGGGCGGUGACGUCUUGCAGGAGACGAUCGCGGCCAACAUGAGCGAGGAGUGGGUGAGCCUCGAGUUCCAGCGCUCCGACGGCACCCUCGUCACCCAGAUGCUCGACUUCAAAAACGAAGUGGAAAUUCUGAAGGCACUGAUCCUGGGCGAGGAGGAGCGCGGCCAGAGCCAGUACCAGGUCAUGUGCUUCGUCUCGCACUUUGACAAGUCAGAGGGAUUCAUCUCGCCCGACGCAAUGGCCAAGUUGCGCCAGAAGAACCCGUCGACCGUCCGCACCCCAGAGGAGGACCGCGGACGCCAGAACACAACGAUGGACGGUCUGCUGGACCUGUUCGCCGGCGCCAAAAGCGUCUCCGCCCUGCUGCCCACUGUGUGCGCCGAGGCCAAGGACGCGACGUACGCGCCGCUUGCAGACCUCAAAAUCUGGAGCGAGCAUGCAGGCAAGGACUUGACGCAGCUGCUGAAAGUGGUGCCAAAAAAGGGAGCGGAGGUGACGCCGCGGUGCGCACACGUGUCGGACACGUGGCGGCACUGCAUGUGCCAUCUCGAGCUGUGUAUCGGGUGGUACCCGUGCGGACUCAAGUUCUGUAAGAGCAAGGACAACAGCGGCAAGCUUGUUUCGUACCGGUGCGGCAUUAAGACGUGUCGCAAGUGCCGCCUCUUCGAGUACCCGGUGCGGCAGAAGCAGCUCUGUCUGUGGGACGAGUGAAGUCAGCCGCACCACCUUUUUCCGGAUUUCCGUUCGCGAUCAAAGACGGUGACGCCCGACUCUUGCCAUUUUGGACCAACCCGCACGCGCUUAGUUAGACACCACUUUUGUACCACCUUUUUGCAGCUUCAUUUGUUCGACUUGGCUGUGUUAGCGUUGUAAAAAUACAUAUUUGAACGCGAUUUUUAAUUUGUUACGAACGGGUUUCUCAGUCAGCGACACGUUGUGGCUGGUGAGCGGAACGACAACUAACUUUUGUACUUUGUCGGAGGCUAGACCCUUUGUUAGUUAUUCGGUUGUGGUAUUUUAUGCUAGCACAUUUCUUUACACUAGAUGUGCAAUAUUUUAUUUCAAAAUGUUCUAAUCAAAAUGUUCUACCCUCUGUGAUUAUAAUGGACUGGUCGCGGCUAAUUCUUAUGUUAAUUUAUGCGACAGAAGCCGCGCCCGGUUCAUUAAAAUUGACUUUUUUCCGUGACAAGAGUUUGUGUUUUCCCCAUUCGAUUUUCUGCUUUACAAUGGAGGCCUUAAUUAAAGCGUUAUGCGCUCAUUUCCAUUCCACUCCUUCUGUCAGUCAUUCAGCCCCUGUAUUUUAUUGACCCGGCCUCAAUCUGCAUUGCAAAAACUUGUGUUGCAUUGUGAGUGAAACUCACCCCUGUGAAGUUUUCAGGAGUAAUUUAUUCUGACGGCGGGCGAAAACAGAGGAAAUCAGAGAAAUUUGGCUACUUCGUUUGCUUCACAAACCACCGUGAGUUGUAUUCAAAAUUUCGCGAUACUGUAAGUUUCCAUGUUGCGCUCUGUGUCUCUGUCAUGUUAGUAUAAUCAUAGAUACAUUUCCUAACGAUCUAUAGGUGUGCGUAGACGAAAUAUUUGAUGAUUUCGCUUUUGCGUUUGCUAGACAUAAUUAGACCCAUUUUGUAAAAUGGUAAAUUAAUAAUAACAUAAAAAACGGUGCAAGCGUCAAUUACUGCAAAGAAUGGCCUAAUUUGAUCAAAUUGAGAAAAUCAACAAAAUAAAUACAUGGCAGUUUUGUUGCAGCUCGGAAUUGAAUUUUGAGAGACAAAAAUUGCAUUUAGAAUUUUUGCAUUAGUAAAAUUCAUGGGCCAAUUGUUACUAACGACAAAAAAUGUAUAAAGAGUGCGAUAAGACUUUUUCAAUAUAACGAGCGUUUUCAUAUUUCUACAACACGAUAAUAUUUUCCUGAUUGGCUUUGCAGGUAGAAAGAAAUUGAAUCACUCAUAGAUUUAUGAGAGGCCUGAAACGAAUGUAAAUAGGCAACUUGCGCAUAGAUGAAAUCGGAGACUGUAUACGAGGAGCAGCGUACGAAGGCCUACACCCAGAACAACGUCAAACAUUGUGCCAUAAAUAUAAUUGCCCGCGUUUAUUUACAAUGAGCAUCGCUGAUGAAUUGUGACAUUUAAAAUAAUGUUGAGCGAUAAAACACUGCGAAUUCGCGUACUACAGUUACAUAUUAAAUAAAGACAGCUAUGUUACUAUUGUGUGUUCUUCGCCUAUACUAAAAGAGUGAAUAAAUCAAGGUGGUAUUUAAUGGAUUUUUAUACAUCUCAUAAAAAUAA